CCAGCCCUGGGGCGGGAGGCGGGGCCGCGACCCUGGGGCGAGUCCAGUCCGGGCGGACUGCCGGGGACUGGGGCAGAGUUCCAGGCCCGCAGCCCCAGUCCGGGUCGCGCCGCCUUGCUGCGCCCCGCCGCCCGCGCUGGGAGCGGGUCUUGUGCGCUCGCCGUGCCCCUCGGCCAGCUGGGUUCCCGGGGCCAGCAGGCCUCGCACCGCUGGCCGCCUGAGGAGAAUCGCUGGUUGUGGUCGCCGCCAGGAACUUACAUGAAGUGGAAAAAGCAAGAAACAAAAUCCUGAUAACCAGAAAAUUCAGUUAAUCACGACAUCCUUAAUCUUCCUGCUAGUGGGAAUGUAAACUGCAAGUGGUCAGGACCUUGUCUGCCCUGAUCACUAGAUAUCUCUUCACCUUGAAGAUAAAGCAAAAAUCUUUUUCUGAAAUAGAUGGAUUUUUGUCACUUUCUGUGAACUAAAACGAUUCAAUGUCUCUUUUGGAUUGUUUCUGCACUUCACGAACACAAGUUGAAUCACUCAGACCUGAAAAACAGUCUGAGACCAGUAUCCAUCAACACUUGGUUGAUGAGCUACCCUUUUCCCAGUUGCCUUCAUCCACUAGAGCCAAGGAUGUGAUCUGUUCCACCAAUGUUUCUCACUAUGAACUCCAAGUGGAAAUUGGAAGAGGAUUUGACAACUUGACUUCUGUUCAUCUUGCCCGGCAUACUCCUACAGGAACACUGGUGACUAUAAAAAUUACAAAUCUGGAAAACUGCACUGAUGAACGCCUGAAAGCUUUACAGAAAGCAGUGAUUUUGUCCCACUUUUUCCGGCACCCCAAUAUUACAACCUAUUGGACUGUUUUCACUGUUGGCAGCUGGCUUUGGGUUAUUUCUCCAUUUAUGGCCUAUGGUUCAGCAAGUCAGCUCUUGAAGACUUACUUUCCUGAAGGAAUGAGUGAAACUUUAAUAAGAAACAUUCUCUUUGGAGCAGUGAGAGGGUUGAGCUAUCUGCACCAAAAUGGCUGCAUUCACAGGAGUAUUAAAGCCAGCCAUAUCCUCAUUUCUGGUGAUGGCCUAGUGACCCUCUCUGGCCUGUCCCACCUGCAUAGUUUGGUUAAGCAUGGACAGAGGCAUAGGGCUGUGUAUGAUUUCCCACAGUUCAGCACAUCAGUGCAGCCGUGGCUGAGCCCAGAACUACUGAGACAGGAUUUACAUGGAUAUAAUGUAAAGUCAGAUAUUUACAGUGUUGGGAUUACAGCAUGUGAAUUGGCCAGUGGGAAGGUACCUUUCCAGGACAUGCACAGGACUCAGAUGUUGCUACAGAAGCUGAAAGGUCCUCCUUACAGCCCAUUGGAUGUCAGUAUCUUCCCUCAAUCAGAAUCCAGAAUGAAGAAUUCCCGAUCAGGUGUAGACUCUGGGAUUGGAGAAAGUGUACUUGUCUCCAGUGGAACUCAAACAGUAAAUAGUGACAGACUGCAAACUCCAUCCUCAAAAACUUUCUCUCCUGCCUUCUUUAGCUUGGUACAGCUCUGUUUGCAACAAGAUCCUGAGAAAAGACCAUCUGCAAGCAGUUUAUUGUCCCAUGUGUUCUUCAAACAGAUGAAAGAAGAAAGCCAGGACUCAAUACUUACACUGUUGCCUCCUAAGCCAUCAAUAGCACUGUCUCCAGUGUCACGUUGGACUGAGCCGGAAUGUGAUUUUCCUGACGAAAAAGACUCAAACUGGGAAUUCUAGGGCUGCCAAAUCCUGUAUGUCCUAGAUACUUGACACUUUCUCUCUGCUACUUUUCUUCUGUAUUGCUAGGUACAAAUACUAGAAUUAUACUUGAAAAUACCAUUGUUGCACUGGAGAAUCUAUUGUUUAAAACCACUCUGUUCAAAGAAGCAUGAGUUUAUAUCCUCUUUGGUUAACUCACAGUUCUAUUACAACUCCAGAAAAACUUCAGAAUUAUGAAUCUAGUUACAUUUAGUGUCCUCUGUUCUCAUUUUUUUCCCCAAGCUGUGACUAAUUCCUCUUCUUGAUCUUUGAAUUUAAGUUUUGAGCCAUUUAAUUUUUUCAGCAUUUUGUUGCCCUCAGGGGAAUGAGCCCUCAGAGGACAGUGCUUCCAAGUACACUUUUUACUUCCAGAUUCUCUAGCCUUUUUGAUCAGCUAUUGUUAGACCAACAGGCUAGUUUAUCCUGGCAUCAAAACCCUUUUUUGGUAGAAGGGAAAUUGUUUAUACUUCCCAUAUUAUUCUGUUAAAUAUCAAACUGAGCCUCACUCACAUUAAAUGAUAAAGAAGUUGUAAUUUGUGCUUUUUUUUUUCAUUUUUAAGAGGCUAAAGUGACACUUUUCUACUUAUGUAAAUUAUAGAUCCUAAAUUCAUGCACCCUGUGGGAGCUCAAUAAAGAUUUAUUAAAUUGA